AUGCAGCGGUCCUGCGCACUGCGCGAAGCAUUGGACCACUUUACCAGCACACAGUCUCGUCUGCAGAUCGUGUAUGCGACGGAUCCUGCGUGGGCGAGCCGGAAGCCCAAGCAUAUCGCCGUGCUUGACGCAUCCUUCAAUCCCCCGACUCACGCCCAUCUGGCACUUGCGAGCAUGCCGCUCAUUCCCGAUGAUCCACACGCUGCAUUUGAUACACACCUGCUGAUAUUCUCUGUGCGCAAUGCAGACAAAGGCAGCGGCCGCCCUGGAGAUGCGACUGCCUUGCAGCGUCUUGAAAUGAUGGAACUUUUUGCGAAACAGCUCGAACGGGACGUGCAGCGCACGACACAAAAAGAUGCGUGCGUUGCGAUUGCACUCGUCAACGAACCGCUUGUUUUCAGCAAGUCCACACUUGUGCGCGACUACUUUGGUGCAGCGCAUAGCCCAUUCCUCUACUGGCUCAUGGGCAGCGACACCAUCACGCGCGUUUUUCAAGCCCGGUAUUACGGGUCCGAGCAGGCCCUCAACGAGAAAUGCGAGCAAUUUUUCCGCGUAGAACAGUCUACAAUACUUUGUGCACAGCGCUCGUCGGAGUCGGUGCAUGACGGCACACAAAGAGCGGCGCACAGCGACGACGAUCAGGCACGGGCGCUCGCCGCGCUGCUGGAAAAAAGCGGCCCUUGCCGGUACUGGUACGAGCACGGCGCCAUUCAGCUGCGCACACUGGACACAGAAAUUGGGCGGCACAGCUCAACGGCCGUUCGCCGUUUUUUGCAGUACGGGGCCGAGACGCACAGCACACUGUCAGACAUGGUUCCGGGGGGGCUCGCCGGGUACUUGGUAGCGAAUUCCGUGUACAAACCAUGA